AUGACUACUCCUAGUACUAUGUACACGCCCGAUCCCAUGGACAUCGAUGAGUCCGAGGAUAGCGCGUCGUCCACAAGCUCCAGCGACCCCAUGGACGUGGCACCACCAACGAAUACCACUCAAAGCCGUUCCACCUCAGAAAUCGGCUUACAGCCCUGUCUCCGACCCAGCGGGCCGGAUACUGAUUUGAAUCCACACCUUAGGGCGCAGCGGUACAAGGAACUAUAUCCAGAGGGGACACCCCGGUGGACCAAGGAAGCCAUCCAGGAGGCGCAGGCUAGAGUGGAGAGGUGUAAGCCGGGGGAUAUCGUGUAUAUUCCUGCAUUGGAUGGCGCGGAUGUAGGGUUUGAAGUGAUGACGGAGAGAAUUGAGCGCAAUAAGCAGGGUGUAGCUAUGGUUGGUGUGAAACACUUCCUCGAACUCUUCCCCGCCCCAACAGACUAUAUCACCCCCAGUCCUGAAACGCGCCACCCCUCCCUCCUAUACUCGAAUCUCGCCUUAGGCCACAAAUUCCGCCGUCUAGACGGGGAAGACGAAGACGACGAAGACGACUAUGACGACUACGACCCCACCAAGAAAGAAAUAGCGUCCGCGCACGAAAGCUUCAACACCAUCUUCCACACCUGGACAGACAGUGCUCUCUACAAGAACAUGCUCGCGACUCUGCGCAAACUACCCACCAUCAAACGCCCCGUCAGCAAGAUCAUCGCCUUCGGAUGCAACAGCAUAACGAACCUCCGGCUUGACAAAUUCACCAGGGAGCGAAGUGCCUACCAGCACGCCUUCCUGCUCAUGUUGCAACGAAUCCUGCAAGAAAUGGCAUGGACACCGACAGAAAUCGAAAUCAUGCUGCAGGAUUCGGCAUACACGAAGCUCGAUAAGAAGAUACUGGGCGAUUGCGGAAUGACUGUGCUGGAGAGUCCGAAGGCGUUUCUGUUGGUCGAUGACGAGAGUUUUGUCUUUUCGUAUGCGCCUGAUGUUCCUGUUCGGCAGGCUGUUAUGGAUUUGGCGAUGCCUGUGGGGAUGGUUUGGGAUGCGGUGGUCGCGGAGGGUAUGUCGCUGGAUACGAGAGAUCCAUGGGACAUCACGAUCCACAGAAAAAUCAACGAGAACUACAAUACGUUCCAUCUCCCUAAGGAUAAACAUUUCGACAUGUUGAGGGUAUAUCUGCGGUGUGCUGAUGGCGAGCUCUCGGAUACGGAAUGUGAGCGGAGGGAAGAGAAGAUGCUGGAUACUAUGGACUUUGUCCAGAGGAAUAAACUUCUGGUUAGUUGGGGGAAGGAUAAUGUGCAGGAUGUGUAUGCUGUUUAUCGCCGGAUGAGAGGGUCGCAGGGGAGUGAUGCAAGUAGUAGGCUCUAG